AUGUUAGUAGAAAGUAAUAGAGAUCUAACCAACAUAUAUAUAAAACUUAGACAUGAACAUAGAAGGCGUCUUGAUAGAUUUGGAUUAGGAGUACCAGGAGAGUCAAGAAGUGAGAAAAGUAAAGAAAAUGGUAGGUAUAUAGACGUUGAAAUGAAAGAAACCUUGCCACCAUUAUGGACAGACUUGGUCAAUGAAGCACAAGAGGAAGUUACGAAAAUUAAGGAACUGCUCUCUCAAUUGCAGAAACUUCAUCAAAAACGACUUAUUUGCAUCCUAGAGGACGAUGCAGCACUUUCUCUAGGAAUUGAUAUUGAAUCUUUGUCUUCUACCAUUUACUCUUCUUUUAAAUUUACUGAGUAUUUGAUCCAUCAAAUAUCUGCUAAAGAAUCUAAAAAUAUACAUACAUCUCGAGGAGAUGUUAGAGAAUCAAUAAUACGGACAAAUGCAGAAAAUAGUAUUGCUACCCAACUACAACCACUGGGGCAACAGUUCCGGAGAAUUCAGAGAUAUUAUUUAGAUCAAUUAAGUAAAAGAACUAUUCCAUUAACUGAGAAUUUAGAGAGUGUGAACUUAAAUUCCACCUUUGAAUUAAAUUCAGUAAGUGAGGCAACUAUUAAUAAUCAAAUUCAAAGGACUUCUACUAUAGAGGAAACUGCCAAGAUUACACAAAGUAUUGCUCAAUUAAAUGCAAUGUUUAAAGAAAUGGCAUAUUUAGUCAUAGAGCAAGGUUCAUUAGUUGAUAGAAUAGAUUACAAUGUGGAAUUGUCACUACAGAAGACUGAACAUGCAUAUAGAAGAGUUUUGAAAGCUGAAGAACAUUACAGAAAGGGUGGUAUGGCAAAAAUCACUUAUUUCCUUUUAGUCUGCAUCCUCAUUGAGAUGAGUUUGCUAAUAAUAAAAAAGAUAUUCUAA